GGAUGCUUAUGCAGAACCUGGUCAAGAUAGUCGCAAUAUAGCCGGUAUGGAGAUUGUGGUUAUUGUGCAAGAUGUCCAAGACCAACCACCAGUGUUCACAUUAGCUCCACCUGUCACUAAAUUGCCACCUGGCAUACUUCCGGGUGAUAAGAUCCUACAAGUACACGCUGAAGAUGGCGAUAAAGGCAGUCCUCGUGAAGUCAGAUACGGACUUGUUUCCGAAGGGAAUCCGUUCACAUCAUUUUUUGACAUCAACGAUACGAGCGUUUGUUUACUAAGUGAGCGUGGAUGUGGAUGUGAAUGUGGAUGUGAAUGUGGAUGGGAAUGUGGAUGUGUUAAUAUUAAAGUAACUAGAAUUACCUUAACUCGUACACGAAGCCUAUUAAACUCAUAUUAA